UAGGCACGGUGGAAUAUAGAGGAGGUGUCUUCUUAGCGUUUGGCAUGUUGCUAUUUUGAGAUUCAGUUUGACAACAGUCGUCGAUAUUUGUUUACAGGCAGCAGCCGCAAUAUCACGUUGAAAAUGCCGAUUUAUAAAGUGUGCAUGCAAAGUACAAGUUUGUUGUGCUAUACAAAUAUUUAUUGAACGAAAACAAUUCAUUUAUCAUACUUGUAAACCAGCAACAUUCGUCGUUUUUGACAACUGCCGUCGAUCCUGGUUUUGUGCUUUUUUCUAAAGCCUUGAUGGCCAAAUGUUCUGUAUGACGACACCUCCUUUCUAACCACUUUGCCCAAAAAUCAUCCUGCAAUGUAAAUACUUCAUCGUAAAACUUGUAAAGUUGUUUGGCAUAUUGGCAAAACGGUAAAAUGGACCUUCUUAGUUCAAUAUUGGGAUCAAUGGAUCGACCUCCAUCAAAGCAACAAAAGGGCACUAACAUGUAUGAAAAACAAAGAAAGGAGUAUGAAUGCGUGAAAAACAGGCAACGUGAGGAAUUAAAUCGAUUUCGAACGUAUGUAGAAGAACGCUUAGGGCGAUUUAUGAAGGAUGAAAAUCGGCAUAAUUUAGAAUUUCAAUCGAUGGAUAAAGUUCAUCGAUCCAUAGUGCAUGAUGUGUCAGAAACGGCUGGGCUUUCAGGAAUGAGUUUUGGAAUGGAAGGCGAACGAUAUAUAGUAGUGUACAAAAAAGAGCAUCUUCCAUGUGAAGAUGAGCUGAAUGCUCGAAAAAACGGUGAAGUCUGGAACGAAGAAACUGCUGCACAGUAUGCCGAAAAACGUCGAUUAAAGCAUUUGAAGCAAUCGGGUGACACAAGUGAUUUACAUAUAACGAGAGCUGAAAAGUUGACACCAGUUUCCAGCUGCACUAAGAAAUACAUGCAACUUUUCAGUGAAGAAGUGAAAAUGGAAAAUGUUCGUAAAACUGAAAUCAAUGCAUCAUAUGGAUAUGUGCCUAGUGCAAACAAAAAAGACGUACGCUCAAUUGAACAAACAAUGGCAGACAUACUAACGAAGAAACGACUUAAAACUCAGCAUAAAGAACUUGAGGAAGGGCCAUAUUCGACUGAAGUAUCUUCGCAGGCAUCAAGACAUAUCCCAGGCGCCACAGAUAAAGCUUAAACGACUAGAAAAUCAAAUAUCCAUAGAAAAAUAACGAAAGCUCCAUAGCUUCAUUGGUUUGCUCAAUCGAUGGCUAUACAGGGUUUCACACUUUAUCUCAAGACUGCGGGACCCCUUCCCGAAUCUGUCUUAGCCAAAGCCAAGACUGCGGUAUGAUGCUUGAAAACGUUGAUGAUACCUGAAUUCAUCGGAUGCAAUGCUGAAUCUGCGGCACAUUUCUCGAAACACACUGGUCCGCGCCGAGGACAUGCGGUCGAAUAUUUUUUUACACGGAUAACCUUUGUGUACAUCAGUCUAUUAGAAACACUCAAUUAUCCUUUUCGUUUUUUUACCAAAAAAAGGCAAUUUAAUAAAAUGAGUGAAUGCAUAUUUGUUUAAUUAAAAUAUUUACAAGUGUUAAGAAAGUAGUUUGAACUGUUUAAAUAAUCUUUUCUGGUAAAAACACGAAAAAAUAAUUCACUAUUUUCAGUACACUGAUGUACACAAAGGUUAUCCGAGUAAAAAAAUAUUCGACCGCAUGUCCUCGGCGCGAACCAGUGUGUUUCGAGAAAUGUGCCGCAGAUUCAGCAUUGCAUCCGAUGAAUUCAGGUAUCAUCAACGUUUUCAAGCAUCAUACCGCAGUCUUGGCUUUGGCUAAGACAGAUUCGGGAAGGGGUCCCGCGGUCUUGAGAUAAAGUGUGAAACCCUGUAAUACCCCGUCAAACAAUGCGAGGGUUGCGAAAGAUUUCAUGUGCUCGAAAUCUUAUGGUAUUUUAAAAAAUCAUUGAUUUUUAUUCAAGAAUUAUAUUUUGUGCGGUAGUAUUUGGCGAAAAGAUCACUAUUUAAAUUUUUGUGGAUUUUUGAAAACUAAAAUGUCAAAAUUCAGGUGUUUAGUAUUCUACAAAUCGCACUGUUAUACCUGCUCUCGAGGUGCUAUAAUUAUAACUGCUAAAACUAGGUGUGAAAAAACUACCAAGGCUCGCAAGCUCUACCCUCGCGCGCCCUCGCAAAUCCCUGUCAAUUGCAUGGCGGGACGCCAUACUGAUCAUCAUUUUGCUGUCCUUUCCCGCCAUGCAAUUGACAGCGAUUUGCGAGGGCGCGCGAGGGCUCGCACGCCAUACAAGUUCACCGCCCCAGAGCCCUCGCAUUAAAGAGCUUGCGAGCCUUGGUAGUUUUUUCACGCCUAGUUUUAGCAGUCCCGCCAUGCAAUUGACAGCGAUUUGCGAGGGCGCGCGAGGGCUUGCACGCCAUACAAGUUCACAGCACCAGAGCCAUCGCAUUAAAGAGCUUGAAAGCCUAGGCAGUUUUUUCGCCCCUAAUUUCAGCAGUUAUAAUUAUAGCACCUCUAGAGCAGGUAUAACAGUGCGAUUUGUAGCAUACUAAACUCCUGGAUUGGUACAAAUUUUUUUGAAAAAAUCCACAAAAAUUGAAAUAGUGAUCUUUUUGCCAAAUAACACCACAAAAAAAUAAUUUAUGAAUAAAAAAUUAAUAUUAUUUAAAAUAUCAUCAUUCCCACACCGAGCGUUGCCCGAAACAGACGUGUUUUUUGUUUGCGGAGAUCGAGUGGCGUAUACAAAUCGUUCAGAGUUGUAACAGUGUUAGUAUCCGUGCAGAACAAGGCACUACAUUGCCGAGCUUUAAAAAAAAAUCGCCCACCCGAUCCAUCGUCAUGGAUCGUGGUAAAAAGCGACGUGGAAGACCACCAAAAGCAUCAACAAUACGUCACAAUAUUGGCAACAACAAUGUGACGGUAGAAACCAGAAAUUCGUUCGAGUUACUAAGUGAUAGUGAAGAUCUUCCUCUCUCCUCGUACAAUGCGAGAGCAAGUGUGCGUAAAACCGAACGUGUACCUCCAAUCGUCGUGACCGGCACAUCUGUAGGCGAUGUCCAUCGUAAAAUAACUGGUGUUGGUGUAGUUAAUUACACAACAAAUACUACCGUGAAAGGUAUCGUAGUGCAUGCUACAAACACGAGUGAUUUUCGUAAAAUAAUCGAGGAAUUCAAAAAAACUUCGACGCACUUCUACACACAUCAGCUUGAUGACGAAAAAACCACAAAAAUUGUCAUCUUUGGCCUCCCAGAUUAUCCUUUGGAAGAAAUCAAAACAGCACUGGAAGAAGUGCAUGUAAAACCAACGGCGAUAAAAAAAUUACAGAUUCGUAGAAAGAAAUUCGACGAUCAGAUGAUGUAUCUAUUACAUUUUGUGAAGGGUUCAAUAACCCUUAGUGAACUCAAAAAUAUUCGAGCAGUGAACCACCAUCGCGUAUUUUUUGAAUAUUAUACAUCUGCAAGCGGGCCAAUGCAGUGUAAAAAUUGCCAGCGUUAUGGUCACGGUAACGCAAACUGCCACCGCCCACCUGUGUGCGUGAAAUGCGCUGGUUCACACGCAUCCAAAUCCUGUCCGCUUAGCGUAACUACUACUAGCCCAGACGGUAAAAUAGCGCCGACAAAGCUGCGCUGCGCUAAUUGCGGUGACCACCACACAGCCAAUUAUUCAGGCUGUCCUACACGUGUAAGCGUAACUAAAGCAACUAAAGCACCACCUAAGACGAAAGAAUUCAAAUACAACGAAAACAGUUUUCCCUCAAUAGGAAAUCCGCCCAAGCCAUGCCAAGUGCCGAUUAACUAUUCAAAUGUGUUCAAUUCAAAGAAAAACACUUCUACAGGAGAUUUCGACAUAAAUUUUGAAGAAAUAGGCCAAAUUGUCGAAGACGUAUUUACACAUUUAAGCGAAUGUCGCAACAAAAAAGAUUUAAUUUCCGUAAUAGUACAGAUAACAGCUAAAUAUUGUUUCUCCAAUGGCAAAUAAAAAGGGUUUAAAAAUCAUGUAUUGGAAUGCCAAUGGCAUAGCCAGCAAACAACAUGAAUUUUUCAAUUUCAUGGAUGCAAAUAAGAUACAAAUAGCAGCUCUGAAUGAAACAUUCCUUAAAUGUAAUAUGCGUUUUUCACAUUGCAAUUAUAUUAUACAUAGACUAGAUAGAGAAACUACAACAAAAGGUGGUGUAGCUAUAGUAGUCAGUAAAAAUAUCACCCAUAAAUUACUUCCUUCAUUCAAAUUAAAAUCACUAGAAGCCAUAGGCAUACAGUUACAAACUGAAAGAGGAAAAAUAAGUAUAAUAUCAGUAUAUAAUCCUGGAGCAAACAGAGAUUGUGAGAGUUUUAAAGCAGACGUUAACCUAUUGAGUGCUAUCCCAAACAGUUAUUUCCUUUGUGGCGACUUUAACGCUAGACACAGGCUAUGGAAUUGCCAAAGUGCAAAUCGGAUGGGAAAAACCCUUUUUGAAACUUUACAAAGAGGAAAUUUUUCGAUUCACCAUCCACAUAACCCUACAUACUUUCCCAGUGAUGAAAAUCGAAAUCCAUCCACUAUUGAUCUCGUUCUCACAAACAAUUUACACCAGAUAACAUCACCACGAACAAUAACCGAAUUUACAUCCGACCAUCUUCCGGUUAUCUUUGAAAUUUCCUUAACCAAUAGCUUUAAACCAUGUGGCAACAGUAUUCCAAACUACUCCAAAGCAAAUUGGACAGGGUAUCAAAAAUACAUUUCCCAACACAUAGAGCUGUCAAACUUGAAUUUAGCUAAAAUUAACAAUGAAAAACAAAUUGAUCUCAUGGUAGCCUAUUUUUCUAAACUAAUCAGCACUGCACAUAGCAAAUUUGUACCACUAACUAAAAUAGACCGAUAUAAAUUAAUAAUCCCUGAGGCUACACUAAACAAAAUGAAAUACAGAAACCAAUUAAGGCGCCGAUGGCAAAGAAAUAGGUGGAACCAUGCUUUAAAAAAUGUGUACAAAACAUUAGCAAAACAAGUUGAAGAGGAAAUAUCCCUGAUCAGAAACAAUGCUUGGUCUACCAACUUAGAAAAAAUGAACAAAACACGUAAUAAUACUAGGCUAUGGAGAUUUGUUCGGAUCAUGAAUGGAGACAGUAAAACUAUACCCCCAAUUAAAGAACAUGGAAAUUUUUUACUAACAAAUCCUGAGAAAUGUGAAGCCUUAAAAGCUCACUUUGAAAACGCUAACAAUACCACAAUACAAACAAAAAGCUCUCAGGAGCGCUUAGUUAAAAAAACACUAGAUGAAUUCAACAACUUUCACUCCUUACCAGCUAACUUAGAUAAAGAAUUAAUUAAACCAAAAAAACUUUGUCAAAUAAUUAAGAAACUACAAUCAAAAAAAUCAGUAGGUAUUGAUAACAUUAAUAACACAGCUAUAAAGAAAAUACCGAUGCAGGGAAUAAUUUACUUGACAUUUAUCUUAAAUGCAUGCUUAAAAUUAUGCUACUUCCCUAAUGAUUGGAAAAAAGCAAAAAUAAUUCCUAUUCCAAAACCAAACAAAGAUCCCAGCGAUACUAAAAACUAUAGACCGAUAAGCCUCUUGAGUUGCCUGGGAAAAAUCUUUGAAAAACAAAUUGCUGAUCGCAUAAAAAAACACAUUGACAUUCACAACAUUAUCCCAAAGUACCAAUUUGGUUUCCAAGCUGGACUAUCCACAACUCACCAAUUACACAGAUUAACAAACACUAUAAAAUCACAAAGAGACAAUAAGAAGUCAACAGGAUUAGCAUUACUAGACCUAGAAAAGGCUUUUGAUACGGUUUGGCAUGAAGGAUUGUUAUUUAAACUUGUAUCUUUCAAUUUUCCUCCAAAUCUGAUUCGACUUAUCACUUCAUUUCUCAAAACACGAACAGGCUCGGUUCACAUAAAUCAUUUUACCUCCACACCGUUCCACCCAUUAGCAGGUCUUCCUCAAGGAAGCGUGCUGUCACCGAUUCUGUUUAAUAUUUACACAUGCGAUAUUCCGAAAAUGAAAAAUGUCAAACAAUACUGUUUUGCCGAUGACUUUGCGAUUAGUUCCUCUGCCAAAUGUCCAAGAACAAUUAUAAAAAGCCUAAACAAAGGACUAAAUGAGUAUUCAAGAUACUGCAAAACAUGGAAGCUGAAAGUAAAUGAAUCUAAAACGGAAGCUAUUUUUUUCUCGCGUUGCACAAGUAGAAGAAAAUUGCCAGAUAGAAAAUUAAACAUUAAUAAUAAUGAAGUGGAAUGGAAAAAUGAAAUUAAAUAUUUGGGGGUUACACUCGACAAAAGGUUAACAUUCAAAAAACAUAUUGAAAAUAGAAUACUCUCUGCAACAAAAACCUCAUUAUCUCUAUAUAGCUUUACUAACAGGAAUUCAAAACUAAACUUAAAAAAUAAGCUUUUGCUUUAUAAACAAAUCCUACGACCUAUAUUAUUAUACGCAUACCCAGUUUGGGAAAAAAGUGCCUCUACGCACUUAAAGAAAAUCCAAGUGUUCCAAAACAAAUUUCUUAAACGAAUCCUUAAUUUACCACUUUGGCAUAGUACUAGUGACAUUCAUCAAAGAACAAAUAUGAUAAAAAUAAUACAAUAUGCUGAUCUACUAUUAGAAAAGUAUAAAACAAAUUGUACGUCCAGCCCGUGGCGAUUUGUAAAUAGGUUAUAUUAAAGUAAAUAGACUAGAUUAUAAAUUUAUGUAAUAGAGGAAAGAUUAGUGUAGAUAAGGUUUAGACUAGAUUCUCUUUCGUUAUCAUUUUUUCUUAGACUAUAAGUGCUCAAUGUGACCAGGGUUUUUUUCAAAAAAACGUUUCCCUGCAGAAGAACUCCACACUAACGCGAUGGCUGAAACAUGAUCUAUAUCAUGAUGUGUAAACUGUUAAAUUUAUCCAGUAUAUUGUGUAAAAGGCACAAAAGGUCUAAUAUCAAUCAGAGCUCCACUAUAUUGUAAUUAAAAAUAGUAAACAAUGAAAAAAAAAUAAAUAAUAAUAAUAAUAAGAAAAAAAAAAAAAAAAAUUUAAAAUAUCAUAAGAUCUCGAGCAGAUGAUACUACUCGCAACCCUCGCAAUGUUUGACGGGGUUAUAAUUAUAGCACCCCGAGAGCAGGUAUAACAGCCCGCCAUGCAAUUGACAGGGAUUUGCGAGGGCGCGCGAGGGCUCGCACGCCAUACAAGUUCACCGCCCCAGAGCCCUUGCAUUAACACGUUGUCUGCCACGUCAGCCACUAUGUGGCUGACGGGUUUUUUCCGAUCGGGCCACGUCAGCCACAUAGUGGCUGACACAUUUCACAUUGUAAAAGACGUGUUACAAGAGAUAAAUUUGCACGUAUUUGAUCGGUUCUUUCACAAUGCUUUUCUUUCACGGUUAUUAUUUCUUAAAAAAAUGAUUAAAAUAUCAAAAUGAGUUUCUAUUAUGUUUUCAUAAAUAAAUGAGAAAGAGAAUGAACAAUAAUUAUAA